AGGCGGCAGUAGCAGCAGCCGCCGCCGCCGCUUUGUGCAGGCGGGCGCGGGGACUUUGUCAGCGGCGGAGGGCGCUGAGGAGCCGGCGGGGCCGGGCUGCCUUGUUCCUCCUCCUCCUCCUCCUCCCGCCGCAGGUCCCCAGCGCGUCCCCUCGGCGGAAGAUGCCAGGCGAGGCGGAGGGCCGGCUGUGAGCUGCGGCGGCGAGGGGGGGAGAGGCUCGGUGGGGUCCCCGGAGCGGGGCCGCAGCCCCUCCUCAGGCCGGCGGCCGGCGGAGGAUGCGGAUCGGGCCUCCUCGCCGAUGAGAGGGAGGAUGGGAACGCAGGGCAGCCCGGUGAAGAGCUACGAUUACCUCCUCAAGUUCCUGCUGGUGGGGGACAGCGACGUGGGCAAGGGCGAGAUCCUGGAGAGCUUGCAGGACGGGGCUUCCGAGUCCCCCUACGCCUACAGCAAUGGAAUUGACUACAAGACCACCACUAUCUUGUUGGAUGGCAGAAGGGUCAAGCUGGAACUCUGGGACACAUCAGGGCAAGGAAGAUUUUGCACCAUUUUCAGAUCCUACUCUAGGGGAGCCCAGGGAAUUCUCCUGGUGUAUGACAUCACAAAUCGCUGGUCCUUCGACGGCAUAGACCGAUGGAUAAAGGAGAUUGAUGAGCAUGCCCCGGGCGUCCCUCGGAUCCUGGUGGGAAACAGGCUUCACCUCGCCUUCAAGAGGCAGGUGCCCACGGAGCAGGCCAGGGCCUAUGCAGAGAAGAACUGCAUGACCUUCUUUGAGGUCAGCCCCUUGUGCAACUUCAAUGUCAUCGAGUCCUUCACCGAGCUGUCCCGCAUCGUCCUCAUGCGGCACGGCAUGGAGAAGAUCUGGAGACCCAACCGAGUGUUCAGCUUACAGGACCUGUGCUGCCGCGCCAUCGUCUCCUGCACCCCAGUCCACCUCAUCGACAAGCUGCCACUGCCUGUCACCAUCAAGAGCCACCUCAAGUCCUUCUCCAUGGCCAACGGGAUGAACGCUGUGAUGAUGCACGGCCGCUCCUACUCCUUGGCCAGCAGUGGGGGUGGGAGCAGCAGCAAAGGGAACAGCUUGAAAAGAUCCAAAUCCAUCCGCCCACCCCAGAGCCCCCCACAGAACUGCUCACGAAACAACUGCAAGAUCUCUUAGCAGGAUGGACUCACCCCGGGAGGUUCUAAGGUGCCCACACCCACCCCCAGAUGGACAGCAGUUUGCACACUUUUUUCACCCUUUUUCACCCGGAGCCUUUGGGAUGAGCCACGGUUGCUUUUUGAUUUUGUUGGUUUGGGUUUUUCUGGACCUGGCCCUAAGCUUUGGGAAUGUGCUCACGUUUUGGUUCGGCAGAGGAAGCUCUUGGGGGGGGGGAGAGGAUUCUGCCAAGUGACCCUCCAAGAAUGCUUUGGGCUUUGCCUCCAGGCCUGGGGUGGAAAAUUCAGCAGC